CCUUCGUUUCUUGUUGCCUAUUUUCCGAGGUCGCGCAAACUUAAUAACACGAACAUAUCCAUGUUGGGAAAUAGGCUAAAAUUUCUCCAUAACAGAAAUGCCAAAUAAAACCAGGAAAGAAAAGGCACCAGCCAAAACUGGAAGUGCAGCAGUUAGUAACAACAAGGCAGCUACAGAUGGUUCUGAUGAGGGAGGCAAGCACAGACCUGGAAAUGUACCUCCUCCAACGCAGCUCACAAGAACCAAAGGCACAGGACCCCUCGUGAAGAAGGACAAGAGGCAGGGUUCUUCACGUUUCAACAUCUCCAAAAACAGAGAACUUCAAAAGCUCCCACCUCUCAAAGAUGCUACCCCCGGUGAGCGAGAGGAUCUCUUCUCCAAGAAGUUGCUGCAAUGCUGCGUAGUCUUUGACUUCAUCUCAGACCCUCUGAGCGAUCUCAAAUGGAAGGAGGUGAAGAGGGCCGCGCUCAAUGAACUGGUGGAGUACGUCACACAUCAGAGGGGGAUCAUCACGGAAGCCAUCUACCCCGAGGCCGUCCAAAUGUUUGCAAUCAACAUGUUCCGAACGUUGCCACCCCCUUCCAAUCCCCACGGUGCUGAGUUUGACCCGGAAGAAGACGAACCAACGUUAGAAGCAGCUUGGCCUCAUUUACAGCUUGUGUAUGAAUACUUUUUGCGGUUUCUAGAGUCACCAGAUUUUCAACCCAACGUAGCCAAGAAGUACAUCGAUCAGAAAUUUGUUCUGGCGCUCUUGGAACUAUUUGACAGUGAAGAUCCGAGGGAGCGGGAUUUCCUCAAGACAACGUUACAUAGGAUCUACGGCAAGUUCCUAGGUCUCAGGGCAUACAUACGCAAGCAAAUCAACAACAUUUUCUACAGGUUUGUGUAUGAAACAGAGCACCACAAUGGCAUUGCAGAACUUCUAGAAAUUUUGGGCAGCAUCAUCAAUGGGUUUGCAUUACCUUUGAAGGAGGAGCACAAGACGUUCCUGCUGAAGGUCCUAAUGCCACUCCAUAAAGCCAAGUCCCUUAGUGUCUAUCACCCGCAGCUUGCAUACUGUGUAGUUCAAUUCUUAGAGAAAGAUCCUUCAUUAACAGAACAGGUCCUCAGACUUUUACUGAAAUUCUGGCCCAAGGUCCAUAGUCCGAAAGAGGUGAUGUUUCUCAAUGAAUUAGAAGAGAUUCUCGAUGUGAUUGAACCACUGGAGUUCCAGAAAGUGAUGACGCCUCUAUUCCAGCAGCUAGCUAACUGCGUUUCAAGCCCACAUUUCCAGGUUGCAGAACGUGCAUUGUAUUAUUGGAACAACGAGUACAUAAUGAGCUUAAUAAGCGACAACGACGAGACGAUACUGCCCAUCAUGUUUCCAGCAUUGUACAAGAACUCCAAGGCACACUGGAACAAAACCAUCAAUGGCCUGAUCUACAAUGCACUGAAGCUCUUCAUGGAAAUCAAUCAGAAGCGCUUUGAUGACUGCAUGCAGAAAUACAAAGACGAAAGACAACAGGAGAAAGAUAAGCUACUGAAGAUGGAUGAGAUAUGGAAUAAACUAGAAUACAAAGCAAGAUCAAAUCCUUUGUUUACCAAUGUUGGUUUAACUGGACGCAAUAGUGAGGCUGGCAGUAUUAACAGCCCUGACAUGGAGAUGGACUCUGAGGCCGAACUCAAAGAACACAUUAAGAAUGAGGCUGCUGAAGGAGUACCUGGAGGUAGAAAGGAAUCCAAGCCCUUGCUGAGGCGGAAAUCUGAGCUUCCAAGGGACGCCUUCACCAUCAAGGCCAUCGGCACCCACAAACGGCACGAGGAGUUCCUCGUUGCAUCGCCAGAGACCAAUAGUUGAGUCCUACUCCAAGAUGCCCUUGUACUUGGGCCUUCUUUUGUUUGCUAUCAAUUCAAAAUCCUUUUUUGGAAAAAUUUAUCAGAGUAUUACCCCCUAUCCCCUUUUUUUUUCUCUGAACUAAAAAUAUAACUGCAUUGUGUAUGAACGCAUUUCUACAGCCUCUUCGUAACCUAUUCUCUCGGUAAUCUCCAGAAGACGUUUGUUAAAAACACUACUCCACAUUUCCGUUUUACUUUCUCUAAUGCAUUCCUGUCUCAAGAACUUCUUGCUGUUUCUUUGCAUCACCCCCCCCCCUUGCAUUGUUGAAAAUAUGUGAUUACUUAUUACAGAUCCUGGUAGCUCCCUUACGGCCCCCUAUUCUGUACCCUGCGUUCAUCCAGUGCCAUUAAUUCUUGUCCUCUUUGGGGCUCUGUCCAUUUGAUAAAAAAAAGGAGUUUUUACAAAGUACAUUUUGUAAAUAAUCAAAGAAAAUAUACUUGUCUUUGAAUUGUAAGACAAAUAUAGCAAUGUUGUUCAUCGGCUCAAUUAAGAAGCCAGCUCGUGACGAUCAUGUUUAUCAAUUCCUACAUCGGGAUGAUUGUAGGGCUAAUGUGUAUAUGGAAUCCUAUUUUUGUAGUGCUGAAUUCAUUGACUGAUUUGUGCUGUUUGGACAGCUUAUUUUUUGUUUUUAAAAAGUGUACACUUCUACCGUGUAGUUAUUUUCUGGGUAAAAUAAGUACAUAGUGUCUUUGUGUGAGGCAUUAUGAACAUGUUGUAUUUCACUGCUUAAUUGGGUUGUUUCGUUUCUGGAAAGAGUAAUUUUGACUGCUUUUGCAGCUUACACACUGCGCAUUUGCUUUCUGUCUACCAAUAAAAUGUAGUUUAAUGAAUAAAAAGUCCCUUAAAGAAAAGGGUCAACAAUUUGUAAGCAGAUUGUUGAUUCUAUUUGGCGAAUCUUAUUGCCUUUUACCGAUGUAGUGCUUUAUUUAUCUACCUGAAUUUGUUGAUAAUUGUUUGCAAAUUGCCUAAGAUGUUAUCUUCUCUUUCCAAAGACAUUCACCAUUAUGAUAGCAGAGAAGGAGAGUUGGAAAAGCCUACUCUAGUAGUAGCCUAGGGUUCUGAGUGUUGCUAUUCAAUUUUUUUUGUUUAGAUGUUAAUGUAGACUGGAUAUGAUACAGUAUAUGCUUACUGACUGGCAUAGGUAUAUAUUUGAUAAUACCAAAUGUAGAGCACUUGUUUAAUUCAUUGGUUUGCUUUAACAACAACCCGAAAUAGGUUGUGGGUAUUAUAUAACCUAAUUUUAUUGGAUGUGGUAGACAAAUUGUGGUCUCUUGUUGACAUGUAUAAAGAAAGGAAACAUUUAUGUACACUGUAUGGAUGGUGAGUUUGUGUUACAAAGUGCCUACUUAUGUCCCUGCUCUAGAUCAGUGUAUAACCCUGUGGUAGUUAUACACGCCUUGUAUGUCUCGGUGCACAAUCUCUAUAUGUCUCUUCUCAGAUUCUCUGAACUUCCUACUAAAAUUGUGAUGAUUAUACAUUGCCAUUUAUUUGUUAUCAAAGAAAUAAUAUGUCAUAAACAUGACUUUCCAACAAGAUAAAACUGCUCUGAAAUUAUUAAGUAGAGCCCCCAGGAGCAUAUGACACCACCCCCCCCCCCCCCCAAAAAAAAAGAAGGUGUGGUACAAUUACAUGUACAAUGCAUUAGUGGGCAUUUAUUGUUUCAGUCAGCUUUUACUUCAACUAGAGAUUAUAAGUAUUUUGUUGGGAUUAGAAUUAUUCACAUGAAGACAGCCAGAAGGUGCUAACAUAUAUAUCAUUUUACAUAGAUAUAAUAUUCUUCUGGUUUUUGGCAUACGAUAUGCUUUUAUUAGUAUAUCUCUGGUACACUAUGCACUAUUCAGGGUCAAUUUGGUUGUUUUUAUAUUUGAGUUGGUGCACCAAAUCAGUGUUUGUUGAUUUGAUAAAUGUGUUGUUUAAAUACCAUACACCAAAUACAAAUUUCUUUUGUAUUAAAAAUCAUAGUUUAUGCAAUGUUACAUUAUAAAAUUAGAGAUCACAAGAGACAAAAACACAUGCACAGUAGCUGGAGUAAAGCAAUCGUAUGCAAAAAGGCCAAGUUAUGGGGUAUUACAGUGAUUUUAUAUUUAUAUUAUUUAGAAGACAACAUGUGAGUGUAGAACUGUAAAUCCAUGUGAUAUAUCAGGUUUGAGUU